AUGAAAUGAAUCCCAGCUCAAAAAGAAAAGUAGAAAUAAUAAGAAGACCUUUUCAAAAUUCACACAGAAACCUCCACCGUCCCCCUUCCUAAAAUCACAAUCGAAUUUCAUCUUCCUUCCAUGAGAGCAAAUUGAAGAAUUCUUUGGAAAAUCUUAUUAAUCAUGAAGAAGCAAUUGAUUUUCUUCUUCUUCUUCUUCUCCUUUACCGCCCUUGUUUCAUCAUCCUAUUUUUCCCCCACCGAUCAUUACCUCGUUAGCUGUGGCUCCCGUGACCCGACAAUUGUUGACUUUGACCACCGCCGCUUCACCGGCGACGCCUCCAAAUCGGCCGCCUCCCAGUUUCUAACCGCCCCGUCACCGGGUCGAAGUAUUGAGCUCGUUGAUCCGAACCCGGCUCCGAAUUCUUCCCCUCUGUACCGCACCGCUAGAGCCUUCACAAAGCCUUCAAGGUACGCGUUUGCGAUUCAAGAAACUGGGGUCCACCACCUGGUACGUCUCCAUUUCCACAGGUUUACUAAUUCCAGUGUUUUGGAGUCUUCCACUCCUCAAUUUCACGUUUUGGCAAAUGGGUUCUUGUUGUUGAACAAUUUUAGCCUUGGAAAUGAGAAAAAAGAUGUUGUUGUUAAGGAGUUUAUUCUGAGGGUUGAUUCUGAUAAGCUUGAGAUUACUUUUGUGCCUGCGGAAAGAUCGAAUUUUUAUGCUUUUGUUAAUGCUAUUGAAGUGAUUUCUUCUCCCAAAGAUUUGAUUACUGAUUUGGCUCAGUUUGUGAACUCUGAGAGGAAUGAAAGAAUUGAUGGAAUGUUGAAGAGUAGUUUUGAGACUUUGUAUAGGGUUAAUGUCGGGGGUCCAAAAGUGACGCCUUUUAAUGAUUCUUUGUGGAGAACAUGGGUGAGUGAUGAUAGUUAUCUGGAAAAAUCUGGUGAGAAUGGGGCUACAACAUUGGGCGAUGUCAUCCGUUCCAGUGGCAGGAUUCAGUAUCAAGCUGGUGGGGCGAGUCGGGAAGUUGGGCCGGACAAUGUUUACAAUUCAGCUCGAGUAAUUAAGAGCUUGAAUGAUUCUGUUCCCAAGUCGAAUAUCACUUGGGUUUUCCCAGGGAUCAAUGAGAGUGGUAGCAAGUACUUGGUUCGAUUGCAUUUCUGUGAUAUUGCGAGCAUUGGGCCCUUUUCGCUUUACUUCAAUGUUUAUGUGAAUGGUAAUCUGGCAUAUGAGAACCUGGAUUUAACCCUGAUCACCAAUUCAUUGCUGGCCUCGCCUUUCUAUGCUGAUUUUGUGAUCGACGGUUCAAGUUCAAGUUCGGGGUCCUUAACAGUGAGUGUAGGACCAUCGAAUUUCAGCUUGCCACAUGCUGUUGAUGCUUUACUUAAUGGGGUUGAAGUAUUUAAGAUGAGCAGUUCAUUUGGUAGUUUUCAAGGGGAGAUGUGUGCUGAGUCGGUCAUGAGGAGCUGGAGAAGGGGAAAUGUAGGCGUCGUUUUGCCUUUACUAGCUGCAGUAUUUCUGUUGCUUACUGCAUCCGUGAUAGUACAGAGGAAGAGGUGUGGCGUUGCUGGCGAUACAAUCGGAUGGUCAAGGUUACCUGUAGAUGUUUCUGAAGUCAAUUUGAAGCAUCCUGGACUACAAUCAACCACAGCUGGUAAACUAUGAUCAUGAUCCUCUCUUUCUGACCAAGUAAGUCCCUCCCGAUUGCCACAUGUCGUCAGCUUUUAGAUGCAAUGCUUUAUUGCUUUUGGUCUUCAGUAGAACUGUAAUGGAAGAAUGCAUUUUUCCUCCGAGCUUCCAAGGGUAUGAGCUACUCUGUGUUGCUGUAGUUCUUCAUCGCAUAUGUAUAAUUCUAGUAUGUAUACAGGCAUUACUGAUAAAUGACAGCCAAAAGCGAAUUAAAAAUGUUGAAGCAGUAUGGGAAAGGAGAUGUGUUAGUGCUGUAAGUUACUCGUGGUACAUUUUUUUGGCCUGUGGAAGGCAAAUGAUCAUAUAUUGUUCCAUAAUUUGGUCACUUCCCUGUUCUUAAUAGAGUUUCAUGUUGUGUAUGCCUUUCAAUCAAUGGCUCGUACACCAAUAGAUUUGAUGAAUGUUGGCUAAGAAAAUAAAAUGAAAACAAAAAUGAAGUUCAAUCGACCCAAACUGGUCUUACCUUGUUGAACCGCCAGGUAUAGUCAGUGACAUCUGCUCCCUUUAUUCAGUUUAUUGUUCAUAUAAACUAGGACUAGGAAAAAUAUUCUUUUGAGCUCGAUUAUUGAUUGUCCCUGAAAUUGGUAUGUUUUAGAUAUUGUUGUUAAGGAUUUUUCUGUUUGCUAAAUUGUAAGAAAUGAAUAUGAUAAGCUGGAGAGAUUUACUUUUGCACCUUGCUACAACAAGCAGAAGAUAGACAUCUUAUGCCUCUGAAUCCUGCUUUAGUAGCUAAAGCUAGA